CUUUCGUUAUCCACCGUCUGUCGAUGUUUCCUGCUUUAAGUACUCUGUGUGGUGAUUAAAACACGGCAGGAAAAUGAUGGAGUCUUGUUUGGGUGGGAAGCCGGAGAGAGUCGCGGUGGUGGUGGAUGACAUCAAGAGAGAUCUGCUGGGUGAAUUCACUGCUCUUCCUGCACAGGAAAACGUUCAGUCGGAGAACCUGCAGGUGUACCUGAGGGUUCGACCUUUCACAGCAGCAGAGAGCGAUAACGGAGGGUCACAGGAGUGUGUGACCAUCGAGGGGCCGGACACUGUGGUCCUGAAGGCUCCCAGGAGCUGUCAGUCAAACCGACAGAGCGAGAAGUCCCUCCCACAGACGGCACAGAGGUUCACCUUCACACAGGUGUUUGAUCCGGAGGCCAGUCAGAAGAAGGUGUUUGACGGUUCAGUUCGUGGUUUGGUGCGAGACGUUCUGGAGGGAGGAAACUGUCUGGUGUUCACGUACGGCGUCACCAACGCUGGGAAAACCUUCACGUUCCUCGGUCCGGACCAUGACUCAGGUCUGUUGCCCCGGUCUCUGUCAGUGAUCUUUAACAGUGUUGACGGUCGUCUGUACAGUCGAGCCGAUCUGAAGCCGCAGCGCUGCAGAGACUUCAGCAGACUGACUCCAGACCAGCAGACAGCCGAGUUCAGCAGCAAGAGGAACCUGCUGAGGCUCUUCAAAGAGAGCGACAAAAGUCAGAUGUCUGGAAGAUCAGCUUUUCUUGACGGCUCGUCUCUCAGCACUGACAGCAGUGUGAACAGCGUCUCCGAGGCCGACAGUUUCUGUCUGGACGUCGACUCAAACGUCCGGUUCUCCAUCUGGGUUUCAUUCUGUGAGAUUUACAACGACAACAUCCACGACCUGCUGGAACAGAUUCCCAGUGGACACCAAAAGAGGACAGUGCUGCGUCUGUCUCAGGACGUCAAAGGAAACUCCUUCAUUAAAGACCUGCGGUGGGUCCAGGUGAACAGCUCUGAGGAGGCCUACAGAGUGAUGAAGAUCGGGAAGAAGAACCAGAGUUUCUCUGCCACCAGACUGAACCAGCUGUCCAGCAGGAGCCACAGCAUCUUCUCCAUCAGGAUCCUCCGAGUGGACGACGUCGGAGUUCCCAGGGUCCUCAGCAUCAGCGAGUUGUCUCUGUGCGACCUGGCCGGCUCUGAGCGAUGCUCUCGGACUCACAACACCGGAGAGCGACUGAAGGAAGCGGGAAACAUCAACAGCUCGCUGCUGACGCUCGGGAAGUGCAUCAGCGCCAUGAGACUCAACCAGCACGCCAAGUUCCAGCACCAUGUUCCCUUCAGGGAGUCCAAGCUCACACACUUCCUGCAGUUCUUCUUCUGUGGUGCCGGCCGCGUCUCCAUGGUGGUUAACAUCAAUCAGAACGCCUCGUGCUUCGAUGAGACGCUCAACGUCCUCAAGUUCUCCGCUCUUGCCCAAAAGGUGGUGGUGUUGAACUCCAGACCGGCGGCGAUGGACGACGCCCCCCACAGGUCCGCCAUGGAGCUGUCGAUGAUCAUCGACGAGGCCGACCGGCGCAGAAACGUGUCGGGGCGCGGCAGGAAAAGCUCGCUGGUUGCCUGGGAGACAACCCUGGAGGACGUGCUGGAGGAUGAGACGGUGAAGAGUGGGGGGGGGGAGGAGGAGGAGGAGGAUGAAGAGGAAGAGGAGGAGAGUGUGAUGGAGGGAACAGUGCUGGAGGCAGGAGAGGAAGACGAGGAGGAAGGAGACCUGACCAUGGAGGUGGAAGAGAAGUCGGGCAGAGAGGCGGCGCUGCGUUUGGUUCUAGAGGCUCAGAUCAGAGAGGAGGAGGUCAGCGCUGAGUUCAUGGACCUCUUCAACAAGAUGGAGAAAGACUACAGUGAUCGUCUGGAGAAGGAGAGGGAGAUCCUGGAGGAGCGAGCCGAGAAGAGAGUGGAGAUCCUGAAGAACCUCGUCAGCAAGACGGUCGACCUGUCGACUGUUAACACCGACAACAGCAAGGAGGAGAUGUUGGAGGGACUCAUCAGCUCAGUCACUGAAGACCUGGAGAAGAUCCGAGAGGACGCUCAGACCGUUCACCGCUGUCUGAGCGAACAAACACACACUGCAGAGCUGGAGGCGCUGCGGUUGGAGAAGCAGCAGUCACAUGACCAACUGCAGGAAGCCAGGGAGAGUUUGGAGCAGCAGCAGCAGAAGUUGUCCGAGUUGAUGGAGAUCUGUCAGCAGAAAGAUGACAUCAUCAACAAACUGCAGGCAGCCAUGGACGCCACCGUGGAGAACGCCACCAGAGACAGGGAGCUCGUGCAGUCGAUCAGGUCGGAGCUGCUGGGGCUUCAGCAGAGCUGCAGCUGUCUGAGGAGGACAGGAGGAGGAGAUGAGGAGGAGAGCAGGAAACGCCAGCGUGAAAGUCUGCAGGAGGAGGAGGAGAGUGGACCGGCAAAGAAGAGAGGCUCCCCAGUUCUGGAGGAGGAGAUCUGGAGGCUGCAGGAGGAAAACGACAAAAAAGAGGAAGCCAUCGUGGAGCUGAGAGAGAGGGAGGAGAGGAGGAAGGGGCUGGAGGAGGAGCUGAGGAGACGGGAGGAGGAGGUGGAGGAGCUGAAGAAGGAGCAGGUUGUUCUGGAGCAGAAGAUACAGGAGCUGACAGAUCUGGACGAAUGUCCAAACUGUGACUCAGUGUUUUCGUCUCUGGAGUCAGAGCAGAGGGAAACGGCCAGACUGACGAAGGAGAACAAAGCGCUGGUUAACGGCAUCUUCCAGCUCCAGACAGAGGUGACUGGUCUCCAGACAACGCUCAAAGAGCAGACUGACAGAUCUGACAGCCUAUCAGAGCAACUCAGCACCGCAAAGACCCGCCUCCAGGACCUGGAGAGCCAAUCAGAGCAGAGGACCGACACUAUCCACAGUCUGACACAGGAAGUGGAGCGUCUGAGACAGGAAGUCAAGGCGGAGGAGCAGCGGAGCAGCAGCAGCAGCAGUGAUUUCCACACCGCCAUGGAGGAGCUGAAGAAGGAGAGCCAGGCGGCGCUGGAGAGAUCGGCUCAGAAAUCCCAACAGCUCGAAGAGCUGCAGAGAGAGAAGAGCCGGCUGGAGGAAACUCUGACACACAGUGAGAACAGGUGCACUGAGCUCAGCGAGGAGUUAGCCAAUCAGAAAGCAGAAUUCACCCAUCAGCUCCAGAGCCUGAGGGCGGAGCUUGAGUCUGAGGGCGGAGCUCUGCGAGGGAGACUGGAGGAGAUGGAGAGAUCAGAGGAGGAGAGGAGGAGGAACCAGGAGAGGGAGAACGAAGAGCUGCAGCGAGUCGUGUCGGAGAAGGAGAAACUGAUCGACGAGUGUCACAGAGAGACGGAGACUCUGAGAAAAGAGCUGGAGCGUCUGAAGGAGGACCUGCAGACGAGAGAGGAGGAGGAGAAGGAGAACAGAGAGGAGGAGCAGAGGAAGGUGCCGGUGGUGGAGGAGCUGAAGGAGGAGAUCCAGAGACUCCAGGAGAGGAGGGGGGCGCAGCAGACGGAGGAGCAGAGGAGGAGGAGGAGCAGGGAGUUUGAGGCUGUGAGGAGAGAGAUGGAGAGACUGCAGAGACUGAAGGAGGAGAGAGAGGGAGGCCUGCAGGGAGACGCACGGCAGGACUUCCAGGUGUCUCCUCUAAGGACCAACAUGGCCAACAAGAAGAAAACUCCCAAAACGACGGGAAGGAAGAGGAAGAGCUGCGAGGUGCAGGACCUGGUGUUCAGUGAGAACAAGAGAAACAGACUGAGAGGAAAUAAUCGAACCAACAAAGAGUCGUCCUCCGUGGUGAAGGACAUGAGAGACGGGGCUCUUCAAAAGAUCGGAGAGUUGAUCCACAGCUCUCCCUCCAUCCUGGGCAGCAAAGCCAAAACCAUCAUCGGACUGGUCAGUGGACACUCAGUGGAGAAGGAGACGGUGACCACGGCAACCAAACCGCGACGAGGACGGAAGAAACUUUUUAAGACAGGCACCUCGUCUCCGCUGCUCGACUCCCCAAACAUGAUAUCAGGAGGAGCGAUGGAGGAGAAGGAGAGCGAUCACCUGAUCAUUAAGAGACAGCUGCGCUCCAAAACCUGCAGGAAGUGACAUCAUCAUCAUCAGGAUGUGACAACACUACGCAGGCGGUAUUUAAACCUGUCACGACUCUAAAAAAAUUCUAUCAAACUGAGUUUGAUUUUAAAUAUCUGUACAGUUUUUUACUUUAGUUUAAAGUUUGUGACAUCUGGACAUUUUUUAAAACUCUGGGGGUCAAUAAAGAGCUGCAAGAACAGAACAAUAAUCUUUUCACUUUAUGAAAAAUAAAAAAUGAU